ACAGGCUAAUCAAUUCCCCAGUUGGCAAUGAAGCUCAGAGAGCAGCUAUGGAAAUCGUGAAGGGAGUGGCUCAUCAGAGGGCCCCCACUUUUCAUGAAAUUAGUUCCUUUGGCUUGAGAAGUUGGAAUACUUCUUAACCCCAAGGUUUGGUCAGUCAAGGAUUUGCUGCUCUUGGAAACUGUUUCCAAUUAUAUUGCAGCAUUUCUGAGUCUACAUCAAGUGUUCAAGGCAUGAACUUAACAAGGACUGGGGCAAGGCCUUUGCCAAAAAUUGAAGACUCACUUUUUCCAGCUGAGUCAUACCAGCAGAUAAAGCUUUAAAAAAAAAUAGAGAAAAUAGAAGCAAGGGCUAAAAAAGCCCCUGGAGAAGUGAAAUCCCUGGUACUGCAAAUAGGUCUUAAAGUUUGAACAGUUACAGUUCUUAGUUUUUUUGAGAGAGAGGGUUAGCAUCCAGAAAGCUGGUCUGCUAUUGCUUUUCUUAGCUGAACUCCUCGAACUCGUCACUCAAUAGCUCUUUUACCUUUUUUUUUUUUCCCCUCCCAAUGCUUUGGAUAUUGUGUAUUUUUAGCAGCUGUUUUGGGUGCUACAUGGUAUUUGAGAGUUUGUUUUGAGAGUUUGUUUUGAACACAUGCUGGCAGCAUGAAGCGCUGCCCACACACAUCAGUUCAAGUUACGUGGCUGUGGCAGGGGUUUUGAUUUAAACAAUUUUAAGCAAACUGUACUACAGGUGAGCCUUAUAGGUAAGAAACUGCAAGUCCCUGAGGCUUACUCUUAAGUUUAUGUGCACAGUGUAACUUCAGAGAUUUUUAUCUAGACAAUGUGGCUUUUUAUUCCCAAGCAGAAACUUUGGCUUCUGGGAAAGGGGGAGAUUGGCACCACCUUCCCCCCAAUAAAAAGGUUACUCAGUCUUUGACUGCAGACCCUUCAGCUGCCAGCUGGGGUGACUGCUUCUGUAGCAUCUUCUGGGGAAGUUCCUUGCGGACAGUACUGGCUUAAUAGCUGCCUUAGUAAGGUCUGAACAAGCUUACCUUUUAAGUGCUUAGUGAAAGCCGGCUGAUUAUUCUCCCCUGUCAAGGUAAAUGGACUGUUAAGGAAUUAAGACAUCCUUGAGAAAGGUACAAGCUUGGUGUUGGCAUACAGAUGUAUAAAACCUAUGGUGUAGGAACAUCUGUUGGCCUCUUAAUGGCUGAAUUAGCCUGUAGAAUAUCAAGGAACAAUGUCAUAGCUCCUCAGUUGGAUUUAUUCUAAAAUGUGACUGAUGCAUUGCAAAGCGCUACAGACUUGCGCUGUGCUACUCACUUAUAAUUAAAGUUUUGUUUCUGGCUGGGAAAGGUGUGCUGCUACCCUUGACUGGAAUUUGAAAAUCUUCCCCACAAAUGUGUGCCAGUAGGGCCUGCUGGUUUUGAAUGCUCUUGGGAGGGAAGACGACAGAAGGAAGGGCUGUGAACAUGAUGGAAGACAAUUAAUAAGCAUGUGGAAAAGUAUUGGUGUUGGCUUACUAAUGAGGUGCACAGGGAACCUCCCCAGGCUGCUCCUCUGCCUGCAGGAACUGGCAGGGAGGAGGCUCUGGCAGCACAUGUUGAUCAGACGGAGCUGCCGAGCACUGACUGCAGGGAGAGUAGCAGGAGCAUCGCCUGCUCUCUGCUGCUGAGGGGUCUGAAGCAAGUUCAAGUGGCUCUCAGAGCUGCAGAGGAGCGAGAGGAGGCAGUGGUGGGCAGUGCGAUGAAAAGGAGCUGUCUGGUAAACAUGAGCGGCUGCCAAGUCAGAUGACUUGAGCAGGAGCAUGAGAGCAGUCUUGAGGAUAGCAGGACACCAGGCUGGCUAAGGAAAGCAGUGAGUCAGGCAGGGGAGAACAAGAGCAACUGGUUGAGGAAAAGCAGGAUGUGGUUGUGAAACAGGCAGCUGGUAGAAUACUGUUGGGUGACAGGUUCUUAUUUGCUCUGGGACAUGGUAAUCUUUAGCUUGGAUCAUGAGGAGGGGACAAAGACAACAAGGUAGGAAUUUUUCAUUUGCAAGUUUCACCUUGAUUGAGAAUCUAGGUGAAACUGAAUAUUGUUAUGGCUGCCAGAAGGGACUGGAAGCCAAGGGGAGUGAUAGUUCCCUGCUCAGUAAAGAGUUGAUAGCAGGAGUCACUGUUUCUCUUUGACCGAUAGCAUGGAAAGAGAACUCGGUCUCACUGCCAGCUGUAUAAAGGAAUGUCCAGUGAAGAGCUAGGAAGAGCACGUGUCUUACUAGCAGAAGGUCCCUUGAGGAAGAUAGAGCUGCAGAAGUCUCUAGUAGUAGGUACCUUAUCUCAGAUCAGCUGUGGGAUACAGUAAAGGGUCUUCCACCUUGAACUGGUGGAUAGCAAAGAGGCACAUGAAAAUACAAGCAAACUGACUACAGAUACAAGACUAACUGUUCGAACAUCUGCAUUUGUUAGAGGUUUGCAGAUUGUAGGGCGUUGGCAUUGAAACUUCAUAGUAAAAAUAACCACUAUUAAAUGGUUCUUCAUUCUGCAGGGUGGUUGCAUUGAUUGCUACAGACAGCUGGCUCUUCCAGGAAAAAACAAUAUUUAAAAAUGGGUAACUUGUUCUGAGAUGGAUUUGUGUUUGUAGGAAGUGUUCAGCUAACGCUUACAAGCUUAGAAUCAACUCACUGUUUAGAGCAUUUUCGCUUACGUCUUGGCCAUGGUGAGGAGGUCAGACCGUGGAGUUAAAUGCAGCUACAUCACGAAUUAUAAUUAUACUCUUAAACUGUAGUCAGUUGUAAAGUUUGGGGGCUAAAGGCUCAAUAGCAACGUGUGGCCUUAUUAAAGCUGAAAGAUUUAUGACAUUAGUCCUGGAAGAAUCUAGCGCUUUGUUCCAGCCUUGUGCUCUUCUGACAGACACUUCAUCUUAGGUUGUUUUUUAUCCAUUUCUUUAGAGACAAAGCCCGAAGCAAUUGUCUGUAGGCACUUUAAAGCUACAAGAAGGGGUGACCUGAACAUUGCAGCAUGUGUCCAGCUGCAGACGUUAAACUGAUGUGAUUUCAGGGCUGGAUCUAGCAAAAGUAUGACAUGAUGUUUAUGCAGUGAUUUGUACUGCUCAGUGUUGGGAGCGCUUGGGAGAGAACGGCUAUAGGAGACUUCAAGGAGGGAACAUUUCAUGAGGAUUAAGGUGGCUGCAGAUCAUUGAUUUGGUGCAACUUUGUUGUAGUCAAUGCAAAAAAGUUGGGUGGUAGGGUUUAAUUACCUUUCUGUUCAAGUAUUUAUUGUUAAAUCUUUUCUCUCCAUUCUUCCCCCUGGGAAAAAGUCAUCUAAUACUUCUGCAGUACUUUUACUCCAGAAACAUCUAAGCCAUUCACACAGGCUAGCAGACAGCAUGUUUUCUUAUGAAAUGAGUAACCCUUAUUUCCAGUUUAUAGAUGGGGGAAACAGUCUUGGGACUAGACUUGCCCUUAAAGCUACGAGUGAGUGACCUGCAUAAAGCAGGACUAACACGGGGAGUUUUAUUAUUUUCGCUUGACUGUAUCCAUAUUGCAGCAGAAAAUAACUUCUUCCUUAUUCUUUGGCUGCCUAACUGCAGUUUAGUUUACUAACUGAACCCCAGCUGCCCUCUCUGCUGGAGAACACGCUCUUGCAGGAGCGCCAGCAUACUUUCCCCAAAUACUCUUAAUCUGUUUGCCCUCAUGGAGUUUUUGGCCUGUGUUCUCUCUCACUAACAUUAAAAUAGAUCCUGCUGCUAAGAACACAGUGGAUGGCAGCAUGCUUCUUGCUUCUGACAGCAGACCCGGUUGGUACCUACAAGGUUACAGAGCUGUAAGACAAGUCUGACCUCAGUGUUUUUUGGAAGAGAACCAUGUGUGGUUUUCUCUUGGCUUUUCUGUGCAAUCCCUCAUUCUCCCUCCCUUUGCCAGGAAAUCCCUUCUCCUGCCAACAGGAGCCAGAGGAAUGUGCUGUUUAUUUACCUUCUCACUCCUUCAUCCUACUAACCUUCCCACCCCCCAGUUGUAAUUCUAACAGGCCUGGCUCAGCCCUUCAUCCUGUUGACGAGCACUACUCAGUUGAGUAUUUUCAGAUAAAAGGAUUGCUGCAAGAAGCUGCUCUGAUCAGGGUCUGCUCAAUGGGUGUGAGGCCAUGGCAUUCUGCAAGGCUGUCCUCUCUCCUGGCUGGCAUGCAUGUCAUCAUGAUAUGCUACAAGAACAGCCUGACCACUUGCCUGCCGGAAGAGUUGCUGAAGACCGUUCUGGAGCACAUUUGAUUGCUGCUGCCGCAAGGCCCAGCCAGACGGCCACAAUGUACUGCCUUCAGUGGCUGCUACCUGUCCUGCUCAUACCCAAGCCCCUCAACCCAGCGUUGUGGUUCAGUCACUCAAUGUUCAUGGGCUUCUACCUGCUCAGUUUCCUCCUGGAACGGAAACCUUGCACGAUUUGUGCCUUGGUCUUCCUGGCAGCUCUGUUCCUCAUCUGCUACAGCUGCUGGGGGAACUGCUUCUUGUAUCACUGCACAGGAUCCCAGUUGCCGGAAUCAGCUCACGAUCCCAGCAUAGUGGGCACCUAGAAAACGAUAAUCUUCCAGUCUGCUGAGGGCUCUUGUUUUGCUUUUAAAGGGGGUGGGCUAGGGAGGAGGGAGGGGGUAUUAGGCAUGUGACUGGAGUAAAACCAGCCGGUUUCCUGUAACUUUGUGUGGACUAGAGUGGUAAGUUCCUCCCACUCUGCCUGUGAAAUUCAACUUGUUUACUGUGUGAACUCUGGCAGCGCCACCUGCUUUUUUAGAAGCAGAAAUCUUUUAGUUGUUUCCUUCCCGUAUCACCGGGAAUGGACAGCAGCCGUCCUAACUGAGGACCGAGCUGCUGGCCUCUGCCCAGAUGUUGCGCAGUGGUGGAGUUGUGUGUCACUCGCUUGUCUGCGUUAGGCUGUGGUGGUCCAACUCAGGGCUCUCGGCCCACUGAUUCUGCUCAAGUAACUACAAGAUUCUCUCCAUCUUUCUCUUUGUGGGGAGCCAGCCUUCCCGCCUUGCUGAUCAAGGGCAAGCUCGACAGCUCACAGAUGCACUUGGCCAAAAGCUGCUGGAGCCAGAGGCAGUUGAGUCACCUCCUCCUGCUCAGCCUGCCAAAGAGAUGCGUGCACUGCCGAAGUGCUUUCUGAACUACUUAUGCUCCGAGAUCAUAGCCUGAAAGCCUCAGUUAUGCUGCUGCUUUUAUAAAGCCUCACAGGUAGUAGCGACUGUCUCUUCCCCUCCUUCUAGAUUUCCAGGGUUUACCAAGGUAUUGACUGUCAGGAUAAAGAACUGGUAUGCUGCAAGAUGCAGGGCUUUGAAUAGCCCCUGUGAACCUCACCCUACAAAACUCAUGCUAGCCCAGAAAGCCCAAUGUGAGCAGGACAGGAGAGGAUCCCAAGGUUGCAGCAGUAGAUGCUUCAGCCAUUUUCAGUGGUGGUGUUUCCAGGCCAGGGUGACAGAAGGUGCUGGUGCUACUGACUGGAGAAGGGGGGAGGCUAGAGGAGUGCCUAGUGUCUCCAGCUCCCCCAGCAGAAGGAUAUGGAGAAGCCAAGGUGGUGGUGGGUCAGUCCUACAGCUGCAGCUGUGCAGAGCUGCUCAUGGCAUACAUCACUGCGCAGCCAUGGCUCUUGGGAUGCCCAACUGGGGGCAGAGGUUGGUUUGUGAGAAACCUUUGAGGUUAACACAAAACACUGUCUCUAAAUUUUAAAGGGUUCCCUCCCCUUUGCCAUCUGUUUGUCUUUACUUCAGCCCAAUGGUGGAGAGCAGCAGAACUGGCUGUUGCUCUCCCAAGGAAGUUCAAGCUGUCAGGUUGUGAAACUUCCAGAGUAUUGUUUGUUCACUGCACAGCUGUUCAAAAUGUUUAAUAAAGCUUUAUAAACUUUGGUCUAUGGC